CAAAAAUCGAGAAACAGAAAAAUCAAGCGUGUGUUGUGUUUGUGUACGAGAAUACGGAGACGGAACCAGCUUUGGAGCAAACCACAUCGUUGUUGUUGGACUCACCACAAAACCUUGCUCCCUCUCAAUCACUCCACCACCAUCUAUUUCUUCUUCUUCUACAAUGUUCUACAGAGGUAAAUUUGCUGAUGGUGGAGAUGGACGUGAAAUGGCUUCUAAACGCCAGCGGACUGUAGAUCCAGGAUCUUCAUUCUAUGGAACUUCCCCUGGUUCCAGUUUUCUGUACAAUCCAUCUCCCUAUGGAUAUGUUAGCCAACCUCCUCCUCCUCCACCUUUCCCUGUUGUUCGUCUGCGCGGCCUUCCCUUUGAUUGUACUGAAACUGAUGUGGCUGAGUUCUUCCAUGGUCUAGACAUAGUUGAUGUUCUUUUUGUUCACAAAAGCGGCAAGUUCACUGGGGAGGGCUUCUGUGUUCUGGGGUAUCCUCUUCAAGUUGACUUUGCUCUUCAAAGAAACAGGCAGAACAUGGGUAGAAGAUAUGUUGAGGUUUUCAGAAGUAAGAGGCAGGAAUACUACAAGGCAAUUGCAAAUGAGGUUUCAGAUGCCCGAGGUGGUUCACCACCACCUCGUCGAAGUGCUUCUCGGGCUAAAUCGUAUGAUGAAGGAAAAGAGUCAGCAGAGCACACUGGGGUGUUGCGACUGAGGGGAUUGCCAUUUUCUGCAAGUAAGGAUGACAUUCUGGACUUCUUCAAGGAUUUUGCGCUAUCAGAGGAUUCUAUUCAUAUUGUGAUGAAUUCAGAGGGUAGACCUUCUGGGGAAGCUUAUGUGGAAUUCGUAGAUGCUGAAGAUUCGAAAGCAGCAAUGGCGAAAGAUAGGAUGACACUUGGGAGUCGCUACAUAGAGCUAUUUCCUUCAUCACACAAUGAGAUGGAAGAUGCAGGUUCAAGAAGACGGUGAUUCCUUGGUGGGCUCUUUCAUGUACUCUUCUGUAGACAUAUAAUUGUAAGCUUGCUCUCAUAGUUAAGAUUUUACUCGAGGAGUUAUUUUGUGACUUUAUUUGUUUUAGAAUCAAUAUAUGCUUUUUAAUAUGCAGAUAAGAAA